AUGGCUGACAUCGAUGUCGAGGCCGUGUUAAAGAAGCUUACCUUGGCAGAAAAGGUCGACUUGCUAGCAGGCAUCGAUUUCUGGCACACAAAAUCCCUCCCCAAGCACGGCGUCCCUUCACUGCGCUUCACAGACGGCCCCAACGGUGUAAGAGGAACCAAAUUCUUCGAUGGCGUCCCCGCGGCCUGCUUCCCCUGUGGCACCGCGCUCGGUUCCACCUUCAACCAGUCGCUGCUCGAAGAGGCAGGUAAGAUGAUGGGCAAAGAGGCCAUCGCUAAGAGUGCGCAUGUGAUCCUCGGCCCGACUAUCAACAUGCAACGCUCCCCUCUUGGCGGGCGAGGCUUCGAGUCCAUUGGCGAGGAUCCCUUCCUCGCAGGGCUGGGUGCCGCGGCGCUUGUCCGCGGCAUCCAGAGCACCGGUGUGCAGGCCACUAUCAAGCACUUCCUGUGUAAUGACCAGGAGGACAGGCGAAUGAUGGUGCAGAGCAUAGUCACGGAGCGAGCACUGCGCGAGAUCUAUGCUCUGCCCUUCCAGCUGGCUGUUCGAGACUCUCAGCCGGGAGCGUUUAUGACGGCGUACAAUGGCAUCAACGGCACAUCAUGCAGCGAGAAUCCGAAAUAUCUCGACGCCAUGCUCCGCAAGGAAUGGGGCUGGGACGGUCUCAUCAUGAGCGACUGGUAUGGCACGUAUAGCACAACCGACGCUGUUGUAGCUGGACUCAACCUUGAGAUGCCCGGCCCCCCACGAUUUCGGGGCGAGACACUCAAAUUCAACGUCUCCAACGGAAAGCCAUUUGUCCAUGUCAUCGACCAGCGUGCCAGAGAAGUGCUCCAGUUUGUCAAGAAGUGUGCCGCUUCUGGCGUAAAGGAGAACGGCCCUGAGACCACAGUGAACAACACCCCCGAGACAGCAGCUCUGCUCCGAAAGAUUGGAAACGAAGGCAUCGUCCUGCUGAAGAACGACAACAACGUCCUUCCCCUCAAGAAGGACAAGAAGACGCUGAUCCUAGGACCCAACGCCAAGCAGGCCACAUACCACGGCGGAGGCUCCGCCGCCCUCAAGGCCUAUUACGCAGUCACUCCCUUCGACGGCAUCAGCAGCCAGCUCUCCUCAACCCCUUCAUACACCGUCGGCGCCUACACCCACCGCUUCCUCCCCGUGCUGGGCGAGCAGUGCACAACGCCAGAUGAUGUUGGAGCUGCCGGCAUGCGCUGGAGAGUCUUCAACCAGCCUCCCGGCACCCCUGACCGCCAGCACAUUGACGAGCUCUUCUUCACCAAGACGGAGAUGCACCUGGUGGACUACUACAACCCCAAGGCUGCCGAUACAUGGUACGCAGACAUGGAGGGCACUUAUACCGCCGAUGAGGACUGCGUAUACGAGCUCGGCCUUGUCGUCUGCGGCACUGCCAAAGCCUACGUAGACGGCAAGCUCGUCGUCGACAACGCCACCCACCAAGUCGCCGGCGACGCCUUCUUCGGCUCCGCCACCCGCGAAGAGACGGGCCGCGUCAACCUCGCCAAGGGCCAGACGUACAAAUUCAAGAUCGAGUUUGGCUCAGCGCCCACCUACACCCUCAAGGGCGACACCAUCGUCCCCGGCCACGGCUCCCUCCGCGUCGGCGGCUGCAAGGUCAUCGACGACCAGGCCGAGAUCCGCAAGUCCGUUGCCCUGGCCAAGGAGCACGACCAGGUCAUCAUCUGCGCGGGCCUCAACGCCGACUGGGAGACCGAGGGCGCAGACCGCGCGAGCAUGAAGCUCCCCGGCGUGCUGGACCAGCUCAUCGCCGAGGUCGCCGCCGCGAACCCAAACACCGUCGUCGUCAUGCAGACGGGGACGCCCGAGGAGAUGCCCUGGCUGGACAAGACGCCUGCGGUUCUCCAGGCCUGGUACGGGGGCAACGAGACGGGCAACUGCAUCGCCGAUGUCAUCUUUGGCGGCUACAACCCUUCUGGCAAGCUGUCGCUCAGCUUCCCCAAGCGCCUUCAGGACAACCCUGCCUUCUUGAACUUCCGCACCGAGGCCGGCCGCACACUGUACGGCGAGGACGUCUACGUCGGCUACCGCUACUACGAGUUCGCCGACAAGGACGUCAACUUUCCCUUUGGCCACGGCCUCUCCUACACCACCUUCUCCUUCUCCAACCUCAACGUCUCCCGCAAGGACGGCAAGCUGAGCGUAUCGCUCUCCGUGAAGAACACGGGCUCCAUUGCCGGCGCGCAAGUCGCCCAGUUGUAUAUCCGCCCGGUACAAGCCGCCAAAAUCAACCGUCCCGUUAAAGAGCUCAAGGGUUUCGCAAAGGUAGACCUUCAGCCGGGCGAGACGAAGACUGUGACGAUUGAGGAGCAGGAGAAGUACCUUGCUGCUUACUUUGACGAGGAGCGCAACGAGUGGUGCGUUGAAAAGGGAGACUAUGAGAUUAUUGUCAGUGAUAGCAGUGCUGUCAAGGAUGGUGCGGCGCUGAAGGGAUCGUUUUCAGUAGAGGAGACGUUCUGGUGGUCUGGAAUUUAA